CGACUGUGUUUGUUUUCAAAGAACUUCCAGCUGGGCUUGAAAUAUUUUUUUCCUGCACUUCAUCGCUAAAGCCAACCCUGGGUGUUGCUGAGAGGAGACCAAAAGCCAACACCAGUGCUGGGCCACCGACCCACAGCCGAGUCCAGCGGGACCGCACAGAGCAGAUCGUGACACUGGCGGCCUCCCGACGUCAAACGCUGGAAACGCGACCAGAGCUCCUUCCCCGCUCCGGAAAGCCAGAGCUGCUUCUGUCGGCCAUCCUCAGGAGAAGGAGCCACCUCAGCCCGCCCUCGAAACCGCGGUCCCUUCGCCGUGGGGAAUGCGCUCCCGCCUCGGGCCCCGCCGCCCCUUUCCCGCCACGGCCCCGCAGGGGGAGCGGCGGCCACCCGAGUCUCGCGAGAAGCGGCGCUGCCGCCGCCGCCGCCGCCGCCGCCAUGGAGCCGCCGGUGCGCGGCCCGCCGGGGCUGUCGGCCGUGCUGGCGAGCACGGACUGGUCCGAGCCCUGGCUGCUGGGGCUGGCGGCCUUCCACCUGCUCUGCUUCCUCCUGACGUGCGCGUCCCUGCAGCACCGGCGGGUGCAGGUCGGGCACUUCCUCUGCAUGGUGGCCUUAGUGUAUUGUGCUGAAUAUAUCAAUGAAUUAGCAGCCAUGAAUUGGAGGCUCUUUUCUAAAUACCAAUACUUUGAUUCAAGAGGAAUGUUUAUUUCACUUGUAUUUUCAGCACCACUGCUGGUGAAUACUACUAUAAUUGUGGUCAGCUGGGUUUACAGAACUUUGAAUGUAAUGACUGAACUAAAGAUGCUACAGCAGAGAAGGAAAGCAGAAAAAGAGAAAAAGAAGUGAAAACGCCAAACCCUAUUUUUGUUUCUUCAGUUGUAAUAACGCCUGUUUGGGUAAUCAGUCCUUCUGUGUGGGUAUGCAGGAACAGAAGUAUUUUUGUGUAUGAUGUCAAGAGGACUUUGUAAUUGUGGCUGUGGACAUUGAGGUGGAAGCAGCUAUCUACAGUACAAUUGAAUUGGCUGUGGAAUUAUGAAACCCAGUCUUAACAAGUCUUUGUGCCCUUCAGUAUAAGAUAGUUUUCCUCCAUGAACCAAGGCUGUUAGUAUUGAAGAGAUGCAAUCUUCCAGUUUCCAUUUGCCUGUGUAUUUUUUUACUAUGUCUUUAUUCUGUACUUACCAAGAAUCAGUUAUUCUGCUACUUAAGCCAAUUGGAGCUGUGUUUUGAAUUACAGUAAAUGAGAGAUUUUAUUCAGAAUAACUCAGGAAUCCAUGCUUCUGUGAAGCACUUCACUUCUUUAUAAAUCAAGUUUCAUACUUCCUACGUGUACUGUGUGCCAGUGGCAUUUUAUAAAUAAAACUAUGCACUCACUGUAUCUUAAA